AUGACAUCUCAGAUAGCACUAGCCGUAACGCUCUCGCUUCUUAUCCUCCUCACUGUCAGCGGGAAUAUUUUGGUUUGUCUGGCUGUGUACUCUACGAGACGCCUGCGUAACGUCACCAACUGCUUCAUCGUCUCGCUAGCGGUUACAGACUUUCUACUGGGCGCCCUCGUGUUGCCAUUUUCCACCCUUUACCAAGUUACGGGCGACUGGCCACUAGGGGCGCACUUCUGCAACAUCUACAUUUCGUUGGACGUCAUGCUAUGCACUGCCUCCAUACUCAAUCUCUUCGCUAUCAGCUUGGAUCGUUACUUUGCGGUCACCGAACCGCUGCGUUACCCAAUGCUUUUGCUUCCGUGGCACGUCGGCGCGAUUUUAGCGACAAUCUGGCUGGUUUCGGUUGCCGUUUCAUUCGUCCCCAUCCACAUGGGCUGGAACACGCGGGACUUGAGCGUGCAAAAUAUUCGCGAGGGCGACGCUGCGCGAGACUGCCGAUUUGAGUUAAAUCCAGCGUACGUAUUGGUGGACGCCUUCGUGACGUUUUAUCUCCCCCUGGUGGCCAUGUGCUGGAGCUACCACCGAGUUUUUCGCAUUGCAAGGAUGCAGGCGAAACGGAUAAUUUCUAUUCGACGGGGUUCGUCGUCGGCUCCAGGCGCGACGAUUCUUGCAUUGCGCGAACACAAAGCCACAGUGACGCUUGCGGUUGUGCUUGGUGCGUUCGUGGUGUGCUGGUUCCCGUAUUUCACGUUUUUCACGAUAAUGGGGAUACGCAACGAAGAUAAUCCGCCACGGACGGCGCAGUCAGUGGUGCUUUGGCUAGGAUACGCAAACUCUGCGCUAAAUCCUAUCCUUUACGCUACGCUUAACAGAGACUUCAGGUCCGCUUACGCCAAGCUGCUAUGUGGAGGACGAGGAUGUAAAACACGGAGGGAAAUACCGAUAACGGCAAUGGAGGAGGGGCUAAUGAUUAGACACGCCCCUCCUGCACAAAGGGCGGAGCUUCGGCCCAGAACUUGUGUGUUGCUGCAAGAGAUUGAAAACGGGAAGAGGGUUGAUGGCAACACAACGACUGGUGCUACGGUUACCAUUGUAGUUAAUGGGAAUAAAAGGUAGU